GAUCCAUGUGCCACUUUUGUUUGUUCCUAGGGGGACAUCAAGCUUUGGCGUAUGUGCUGGCCAGUUCUGAGAUCUUGAGGAAGCUCUGCACAAGGGAAGAUAAAAAGCAGCAAUCUUUGCCAAUUAGGGAAUGGACCGUUUGGGUUCCUUUAGCAAUGAUCCGUCUGAUAAGCCACCUUGCAGAGGCUGUUCUUCCUACCUUAUGGAGCCUUAUAUUAAGUGUGCUGAAUGUGGGCCACCUCCUUUUUUUCUCUGCUUGCAGUGUUUCACUCGAGGAUUUGAGUACAAGAAACAUCAAAGUGAUCAUACUUAUGAAAUAAUGACUUCAGACUUUCCAGUUCUUGAUCCCAGCUGGACUGCUCAAGAAGAAAUGGCUCUUUUAGAAGCUGUGAUGGACUGUGGCUUUGGAAAUUGGCAGGAUGUAGCAAAUCAGAUGUGCACCAAGACCAAGGAGGAGUGUGAGAAACACUACAUGAAGCAUUUCAUCAAUAAUCCUCUGUUUGCAUCUACCCUGCUAAACCUGAAACAAGCAGAGGAGGCAAAAACUGCUGAUACAGCCAUUCCAUUUCACUCUGCAGAUGAUCCUCCUCGACCUACCUUUGACUCCUUGCUUUCUCGGGACAUGGCAGGAUACAUGCCAGCUCGAGCAGAUUUCAUUGAGGAGUUUGACAAUUAUGCAGAAUGGGACUUGAGAGACAUUGAUUUUGUUGAAGAUGACUCAGACAUUUUACAUGCUCUGAAGAUGGCUGUGGUGGAUAUCUAUCAUUCGAGGUUAAAGGAGAGACAGAGACGAAAAAAAAUUAUAAGAGAUCAUGGAUUAAUCAACCUUAGAAAAUUUCAAUUAAUGGAACGGCGUUAUCCCAAGGAGGUUCAAGACCUUUAUGAAACAAUGAGGCGAUUUGCAAGGAUUGUGGGUCCAGUGGAACAUGAUAAGUUCAUUGAAAGCCAUGCAUUGGAAUUUGAACUUCGAAGGGAAAUCAAGCGGCUCCAGGAAUAUAGGACAGCAGGCAUUACCAAUUUUUGUAGUGCCAGAACGUAUGAUCACCUAAAGAAGACGAGAGAAGAAGAACGCCUUAAACGCACCAUGCUCUCUGAAGUUCUCCAGUACAUCCAGGACAGUAGUGCCUGCCAACAGUGGCUCCGUCGGCAAGCUGACAUUGAUUCUGGGCUGACUCCUUCCAUUCCGAUGGCUUCGAAUUCAGGUAGACGGAGUGCACCACCCUUGAAUCUCACUGGCCUCCCUGGCACAGAAAAGCUGAAUGAAAAAGAAAAGGAGCUCUGUCAGAUGGUGAGGUUGGUCCCUGGAGCCUAUUUAGAAUACAAAUCUGCUCUUUUGAACGAAUGUAACAAGCAAGGAGGCUUGAGACUGGCACAGGCAAGAGCACUCAUCAAGAUAGACGUGAACAAAACCCGGAAAAUCUAUGAUUUCCUCAUCCGAGAAGGAUACAUCACUAAAGCCUGAGGCUCCAAGGGCUUGGGAUCACAAGUCAGAAGUUUGGAAUGUGGUGGGUCAAAGGACAGUAAGCAUUCUGAAGAGUUUGAUUUUCAUCCAAAUUAUCAUUGUAAAAAGAGGGGAAGGACAAAGGAAACCUUCAGUUGUAUUAAUGUCUGCUUUCUUCUUUACCCUGCUUUAAAGCACUCUUAUGUUGGUAUUGUGCUGCAGAGUUGUGUGUUAGAUAAGCUAUUAUUAAAUGUGAGUGGGCAUUUAUUCCUAACACCUCUUGUAACUAAAACAAGAACCAUAGUACCUCACAUCACAGUGUUGGUAGAAAUAGAACCAAACCAAACCACAGUGUUUAUUCCCAGGAGUUUAGCUCAGAUCCUUGUACUUGAGAGCUAUUUGCUGAUUAUCUGUUUUGCCUUCAGACAUUGCAGAGAUAUUUAGAAUAAAAGAGAAAGGUUUGAGAGCAUGAGAAAGGCUCUCUUCUAAGGAUUUUUUAAGCUGAAACUUAUGUUUAUAAGCAAAGAGGAGGAAUAUCUCCCCGUGAUGUUCUUGUCCCAAACUGCAUCUCUGAUGUCUGACUUUGUACUUUGCAGUGUGGCUGUCUGAUCUGUAGUAGACUUUUGAGGAGGUGGCACCGGAUAUAAAAUGUCUCUGUUAUUUUUAGAAUUAAUGGAUUAAAGUGUUUUUGCUAUUUAA